AUGCUAUCGACCACGGAACCCCGAGCGGAAAAUGAUCGUGGCAUCAACUAUUUCUGGAGACGACUGUCACAGAUCUCGCCGCUGAACUGGACAGGGUGGAUGGUUAUUUCCAAAACAGUCCAAUCCUAUGUAUACUGCGUUCAUUUGUCCGAAACGCCUAGUGUCUUCGAGAACAGCGCAAGAGGAAUGCUGGUCCAAGAUCUAAUGCCAUUUACUUUAAGUUUGUGGCCUUUUUUUCUUCGGUCAUUGCCUUCUCUCACUGUUUUACUCUCAUGCCAGGGUGAACUCCAGAGGUCAUGCUCACAGACUGUGGCGGAGAAAGUUAGUGAACAGUGCCAGCUGGCAUGUCACUGUCGAAGCUACCCCUCCCCCCCCCCACCACCUCCCCCGCCUCCCCCGCGGCUACUGGGGACCACAGCUGCUGCAUCAUCCACUCAUCUUCCCCGAAGCGAGAUGUAUCCCCCACCCACCCCCAACCCCCCAGAGAGCUGGACAGUCUCCUUCCGGAGGACUUUCCCAGGUCCCACAAGGAUGGAAGCAGCAGCACCUGUCUACAUGGCCAGCCUGUGUCCCAAGAAACCGCUACGAAAGGAGGAGAACGGGACAAGUCGCGGGGAGUACGCCAUGAGCAUCCGUAACAAGAAAGCCAUGGGUACCAACAACACUGUGGUAUAG